AUGUUACUUUUCCACUCUAGGCCUGAACAGCUGGCUUCUCAGAGGCAACUACGAUGCAGAGCAAAUCCUGUGGAAGAUGGCUUCGUAUGGCAUCGACAAGCCAGACCUCCUACGGGCCCGUGCACCCAAACCGACCGCAGUGAUUCUCACAUCUCACGACUGCUUCCCGAUCCUCGGCGGGCGGGAAGGCUUUGCGGAGGCGGAGGAAGCUUUCCGUGCACAUGGUGA